CCACAAAAGCCACCAUACCAAAUGAUCACUUGAGUUGAAGCAAAACCCGGCGAACCCAUAGGUCCAUCACCAAAGUGCCCUUCCCCCUAAUAAAAUUAAAAAAAAAAAAGUUAUCCUUUGUAUAAUUUUUUCAAAAUGGUUACAUUUUUUUCAAUAAAAAUAAUAAAGUAGGUUUUUUUUUGUUGAUGGGAAAAAUGAGAGGGAGGUUUAAUCGGAGGUGGAAGAGUCCCUCUGAAGAAUCGCCGGAAAUUAAUCGCUGACAACCAAAUGAAAAAGAGGAAGAAGAAGGUGGUGGGUCUAAACCCUCCUAACUCUUCAAUUUUACAGCAGCUGAAUUGCAAAUGGCGUAUGAGGACGCUUGGCGUGUCUGUCAUCCCGAUUUCAAGCGCCCCUUCUCUUCUCUUGAAGAUGCUUGUGAGAGGCUGCUACCUUACCAUGUGGUAGCAGAUUAUGAAGCUGAGGAAGAUGAUAGAAUCCUUGAUUCGGACACCACAGGCCAAGCGUUAUCACGCUCGCAACAAUGGGAUCUCAACAUUGGUAACAAAUUAACCGAAUUUACUUCAACUUUUGAAAAACAAGUUCUUGCCUUCAAUAUCAUUACCCGAAAACAAGCCAUUGGGGAGUUUAGAUCAGAAGAAAGGUUAUAUGUUGAACAGGCUCUCCUACAAGAAGAAAGGCGCGCAUUGUUUGAAGCGAGGGUCGAAAUGGAAACAAGACAAAAGGCGGGAGCCGCCAGUGUGCACAUGGCGGCUAUGGCUCGAGCCGAGUCACAGGCUCAUGCUGUGAUGAUGGCUAGGGGACCAAUAAGGGCUAGUGCAAUGGGAGCUCAUGAAGUGGUUGACCAAGAACCCGAAGUCAACCCAGAUGAGAUGAUGAAUCGGUGGGAGAAUAAUAAUGUUCAACAAGAUGAAAAAGAAGCGUGUGAGGAUUUUUUGAAUGAUGAAGAGAAGGAUAAUGGAGAUAUGGGUAGUAGUGUUCAAAGUGACUGGCUUGAAGGUGGUGCAUUUGAUUUGAACACAAGAUAGCUACAAUUUUGCUGGUCUCUUUAUAAUAAAAGACGGUCUUUCUUUUUUUCCUCAAAUGUCUUUUUUGGGUUCCUAAGGGUCUCACUUUUUUUUUUGUAGUUGAUCAUAACCUGAGGGCUGUUUGUUUACCUCUUAAUGAGGCUCUUAAUGGUUUAGGCGUCUUACUGGUUCAGCACUUAAUGGUUCAGACUGUUUGUUUCAUGAGCAGAUGUUUAAAUGGUUCAGACAUUUGCCUCUGAAUGGUUAAUUAUUAUACAGAGUCUGAAUGGUUAAGACCUCUAAUCUGAAUCGGUCAGACACUUGCCUCUAAAUGAUAAAACAUUAUACUGGCUCUUAAUGGUUCAAACCUCUUACUGGUUCAACAGUUAAUGAUUCAGGCGUUUUACUGGUUUAACACUUAACCAUUCAGAUUUUAGAAGUUGCCAAACAGCCCCUACAUGUUUUACACGAUUUGAAAACCACACUGUUACUUGUGUAUCAAACAGAUACCCUUCAUUCCUUCGAUUAAAAACGCGUUUUGCAAUCUAUGUUAUCAAUACAAAAAAUAAAGGAUGUUUACUUCUAGAAGCACAUAGUUUUUGUGAAUAUAAAAGAACAAUUGUAUAACAUAACCACUUUUAUAUUGAGACAAAUUCCUCAUCCAUAACAUUGACGGUCCCACAGAAACAUAAAUACGAAGCAUCCUUUGAAAACAAACAAAAAGAAACGUAAGAAACAUGGAUUCACUCUAGAAGCCACCAAUCCCUUCUAGAUUUUCAUUUUUUUAAUUAUAUUUAUAUCGCUUUCAAUUAUUAUUUUAAUAUUUUUUCGUCACCAAGUCGACUUUUUGUAGGUCAAUUUAACUAACAGACAACCUAUUCAAUCAUCAAGCCUUUGCUGUUUAUAUACCAACCCUGAAACCGAUCACAGCAGCCAGUACGGUAGUAGUUUAACAAUUUAAUUUGUUUCUAAAGAUCACGAUAGCAUGAGACUGUCCGUUAAGCCGGCUUUGAUCUUCUUGGUGUUUGUUUUGGUGACGGGUUUUAGGUUCGAGUCUAAUCAUCAGACUAUGAUAUUUGCACAAGCGCGACCGCUUUCGCUUGUAUCUACCGCAAGAUAUGUAAGGGCUUUCGAUACGCUGGGAAUGAUAUGUAAAUGUUGUGAUAGUGUGGGAGGAGACUGCACACGUACAUGGAGCGGAUCGUGUUCUAAUCUCCAAUGCAUCCCUUGGAGAUUACAUUAACAUGCUACUUGUAUUUAAUUCUGUAGCGCUUGUAAUGAUUGUGCCUAUUUCUUUUAUUCCGAAUUAAAGCACAAUACAAUAGUAGUACAUAAUUCUUGGUAGUCUCAAA